ACACGAGAGGUGUUGCCUGGGAGCACUACUGACAUGUUUGUUUGACCUUGAAUAUCUUCUUUCAGUUUUGUAAUCUUCAAAAAAUCCAUUCAGAUGAGGAACUUAGGUGCCACUAGCUACCUCUCCUUGACCUCUCAGUGACCCCCCGAGUGGCCCCUCCCCCCGUCCUGCAGAGAUGAACUGGUCGGCGUUGGAGGUUCUCAUCAGCGGAGUGAAUAAGUACUCCACCGUGUUCGGCCGGGUGUGGCUGUCCAUGGUGUUCGUGUUCCGCGUGCUGGUGUUCGUUGUGGCGGCGCAGCGCGUGUGGGGGGACGAGAGCAAGGACUUCGACUGCAACACCCGGCAGCCCGGCUGCACCAACGUCUGCUACGACAGCGUCUUCCCCAUCUCCCACAUCCGCCUGUGGGCCCUGCAGCUCAUCUUCGUCACCUGCCCCUCGCUCAUGGUGGUGGCGCACGUCAAGUACCACGAGGAGAAGGACAAGAAGUACUCCGCCACCCACCAGGGCCACCACCUGUACGCCAACCCAGGGAAGAAGCGCGGGGGCCUGUGGUGGACCUACCUGCUCAGCCUGGUGUUCAAGGCGGGCAUCGACUCGGCCUUCCUCUACAUCCUCCACCACAUCUACGAGGGCUACGACAUGCCCCGCCUCAUCAAGUGCUCCCUGGAGCCGUGCCCCAACACCGUGGACUGCUACAUCUCCCGCCCCACCGAGAAGAGGAUCUUCACCCUCUUCAUGGUGGUCUCCUCGGCCAUCUGCGUUUUCAUGUGCAUCUGCGAGAUGAUCUACCUGGUGGGCAAGCGCUGCCAGAAGGCUCUGAGAGCCCGCCUGCAGAAUGAGCUGAAAUCACACGGCGAGAAUCACGACAGACCGCCCCGGUCCGAGUGCAUAAGGAUGGAUCCCACGGCUACGCCCCUCGUCCAGAAUAGCACCAAUAUGAAGGCCGAGGAGGCGGGCACAAGCAAGAUGAGCUGAAUCAAGCGCCAUGUGCUGCAUUUGCUUUAAGACUGCUUCAGGACCUACACAGGGCAAGCGUAAAGAAUGUCAGGUGUUUCCUGAGAGACAAUGAGAUGAGCUGGGACUCAUAGCUUUACAGAGGUCACCUUUUUAGUUGUGUGUAAAUUAUGAUGGUUUCCGCUAACUCAGUGCAGUGGACUCUCCCAAUUUGUAAGGUCCACUUUGGAACACCUCAGCGCAUGGCAGAAUAUUGGUAAAACAAUUUAAUCUUAUAAAUCUAUCUUAUCAAUGUCAUUGUUACUAAUCAGCACUGAGACGAACACUUGAAAAAACACUACAUGGUUUUUUUCUUCUGUGGUUCUUUUUUUCCUAGUGAAAGGUAAAUGCUGCCCUCCAGUGUUUAAACAAAGUAAAACAAGUGGGAUGGCAGGUGUCCCAUCCACUAAGUUACGGGUUGGCGGGGUAUACCCAUACCUGCACACCAUCGGAACCUGGCCUCUUUCUGGGUUUCCUACAGAAUAAAUUAGAAAUAACCGAGAGGUCUGACUCAUGACAUGUAGUUGGCAUCUAACUUCAUUUCAACAUACAGAAUUUGAAUAGAAUCUCAUACAGGCACAGAAAACAGCCAACUUGGACCCUUUUCACUUUCUUCCUUUUCUUUGUUUUUUUUCCAUUUUAUUUUACUUACCAAAUUACAUAAUAAUAAUGCUUUGGGCUCUAAUACUUGUCUGUCCACCAUCUUUAUUAUGCAUUCAGUCUUGGUGGCUGGCUAUCUAAUAAUCUAUUUUUUUCUCCUCACACACAUAAUUUGGAAUAAUAUGGACACUGAAUCCAAAAACAGAACACUGUUUUUUUUUUUUCAGAACAUGGUGCAAGCAAUACAUUCUAUUAUUAUUUAAUGAGGAUGGUCAUUUAUGUAACUUUUCUGAAUUUGGAAUGAAGAAAGCUUUUUGCCACAGCAUUUGAUGCAAUCCCUAGAGGUGUUAUAAAAGCUGUUUUAAAAAUUAAAUGGAGAGAUUUGCCACACCACAAAUUAGAAUCUAUCAUCUACAAUUUUACUGGAGGGUGUAAACAUAUUGGAUAAAAAUGUAGAAAUAGCUAUAUUAGGAAUCUUUGUAUGGGAGUAACUAUCCCACCCUCUGCUUUGUAUUAUGUGUCAAAAUGUAGGAACACAAAUUGGAAAGAAGUUUGGAAAAUAACAAACAAGUAUCAUCUAACUAGUCAGACAUAUGUGAAAUCACCUAUAAAAUUAAGAAAAUUUAUCAUAAACACCAUACAAUUUGCAAA